UGCCUCGGGAGUAUGGACAACCUGGGUGAAACCUUCCUCAGCCUGGAGGAUGGCCUGGACUCUUCUGACACCACUGGCUUGCUGGCCUCCUGGGACUGGAAAAGCAGAGCCAGGCCCUUGGAGCUGAUCCAGGCGUCCCCUACUCAAAGCCUCUCCCCAGUUCCUUCUCUAGAGUCCUACUCUGAGGUUGCACUGCCCUGUGGGCACAGUGGGGCCAGCGCUGGAGGCAGCGAUGGCUACAGCAGUCACGAGGCUGGCGGUCUAGUAGAGCUGGAUUAUAGCAUGUUGGCUUUCCAACCGUCCUAUAUACACGCUGCUGGUGGUCUCAAAGGCCAGAAAGGUAGCAAAGUCAAGAUGUCUGUCCAGCGGAGACGAAAGGCCAGCGAGAGAGAGAAACUCAGGAUGCGGACCUUAGCUGAUGCCCUCCACACGCUCCGGAAUUACCUGCCCCCUGUCUACAGCCAGAGAGGCCAGCCGCUCACCAAGAUCCAGACACUCAAGUACACCAUCAAGUACAUCAGGGAACUCACAGACCUCCUCAACGGCGGGAGAGAGCCCAGGCCACAGAGCGUGUGAGUUGUGCUCCUUGGAGAACCCCACCAGUACCAGACCUAUGGAUGGGCAGAGGA